AUGACGUUUCCCAAUCUCCCACGAGUAUUGGAAUGGGAAAUACUCUCUAGGGUUCCGGCCACAUCUCUAACCAGAUUCCGAUAUACAUGCAGACGAUGGUAUGCUUUAUUCAAAAACCCUAGAUUCAUCGAGAAGCAUUCAGGUAAAGCAGCAAAGCAUUUUAUCUUAAAGAAAGACUUUGGUGUUUAUUCGGUGAAUAUAGAUCUCCAUGGAAUUAACAAGGACCAGAGAUUUGAUCCAUCCAUUCUAAAGGAUUCAGAACAAACGAUGAUACAUGCCAUCUUUCAUUGCGAGGGUUUGUUUUUGUGUACCACCAAAGACAAAAGAAUCGUUGUUUGGAACCCUUGUACUGGUCAAACCAGGUGGAUCCGGAUCCAACCCAGGAGUGGUCACUUCGUUUACGACUCGUAUUCUCUAGGUUACGGAAACAACAAGAACAACUAUUCUUGCGAUAGCUUCAAAAUCUUGAGGUGUAGAAAGCAUUACGAUAACGUCCCGGUUAUGGAGUUUGAGUUGUAUGAUUUUAACACUGAUUCAUGGAGACUUCUUGCUGAAGACGCUCAAAGCAGUUUAACAGUUUCCUGGCGCUGGAUGAUAACUAGUCGUGGCGUGUCUUUGAAGGGAAAUACUUACUGGGUUGCUUGUGAUCGACACGAACAUCACGAUAGUAAAUUCUUGCUCAGGUUUGAUUUCAAAGAAGAGAGAUUUGAACGUUUUUCUCUUCCGGAUGGUGGCUACGGAAGUACAGUGUUUCUCUCAGUCGUUAGAGAAGAGAAACUUGCUGUGUUAUUUGAGAGGCGUAAUAUUGAUUCGUCAAGACAUCUGAAGAUAUGGGUGACCGAUAAUAAGAUCGAUGAGGCCAAAAGUAUGACCUAUAUCCAAUAUUUCCUAGUAAUGGAUUUCAGUAACACUUUGGGCAAAGGUACGGCGGUGGUGAGUUUCUUGCUGGACGAGGAGAAUAAAAAAGUCGUGUGUUGUGGUUUAGACACCAGAAAUAGAAACAAGACCAUCAUGUACAUUGUUGGAGGAGACCAGGAAAGUAUACAUUCGUGUGAACAAAUUCUUGGAGAGAUUGCACAAGGACCAACAGAGGACUGUUGGCCAUUUCUCGAGAGUUAUGUUCCAAGUUUGGUUCAAAUUCAGCAAGUAGAGGCAGCAGAUGCAGAAGGUGAUUAA